AUGGAAGAGAGCGCGAGCUCGAGCGACGCCGCGUCCGCGGCGCCGAGCGCAGCGGCGCGCAUGGAAGAGAGCGCGAGCUCGAGCGACGCCGCGUCCGCGGCGCCGGACGCUGCGCCGGACGCGCCCAUGGAGGACGCCGCGCCCGCGGCGCCGGCCGCCGCGGAGCCCGAGCCGGAGUGGAAGACGUCGGGCCCCUUCGUGGGCCAGUGGAUCACGCGGUCCGUGCUCAACGAGGCGUCCAAGGUCGCGUCGUUCUCCGUGGGCAAGGUCGUGGGCUACCUGAGCGCGGCCGAGUCCGACUACGUCGACGAGAAGGGCGCGGCGGCCGCGCUCUGGCACGUGGCCUACGUGUCCGGCGAGCUCGUCGACGACAGCGAGGACCUCGAGGAGUGGGAGCUCCUCGAGAGCGCGCCGCGGCCGACGCGGCCCGACGGCACGAUCGCGCAGGUCACGGACGAGGGCCUCAAAAAGGGCGUCGCGGACGCGCCCGCGCCCGCGGCCGCCGCGGAGGAGUCGGAGUACGAGAAGCACCGGCGCGAGCGCAUCGAGGCGAACCAGGCGUUCCUCCAGUCCCUGGGCUUCACGGGCGGCGACGUGGGCCUGCCGAAGGAAGAGAAGAAGAAGCGCGGCCCCCGGAAGAAGGCGGAACCCUCCGCGCCGACGCGGCGGUCCGCGCGCUCCACGCACGAGGCGGGCCAGUACAACGAGAACCGCGCCUACAAGGAGGCCAUGGCCGAGAAGGCCGCCGACGACGCCGCGGAGAAGGCGCGGCGCCUCCAGCGGCGCCUCGACAAGCGGCAGAAGAAGAAGCGGUCCGUCGACGAGCUCGAAAAGCAGCGGAAGCGCGUCGACCUGCUGGCGCGCACGGCCGCGGCGGCGGAGAAGGAGCUCCUCAAGCACGCCGCCGCCGACGCCAAGGCCGCGCGCGCCCUGCCGCGGCCCUGCUGGCUCGACGCGCGCGGGCCCGUGGACCCGUCGACGGCCGAGGGCAUCGACCGCGACUGGUGCCGCGCGGUGGCCUCGCGGAACCGGUGGUGCCCCCAGGUCGGCGACGUCGUCGUCUACUUCGCCGACGGCCACGCCGAGGCCCUCGAGGCGCGGCGGGGCCGCGCGGACUUUGGCGACGUCGAGGAGCUCUGGUUCGAGAAGCGGCGGCCGUCGUGGUUCCUCGAGCCCGGCGCGCCGCGCGCGCUCGAGUGCGUCGUCGCCGCCGUGCUGCCCUGCUUCCCCGACGAGUGGGUCGCGCGGAAGCGCACGAAGCUCCUCGAGGCCGUGGAGAACGUGGCGAAGCGCAAGGAGGCCAAGUGGUUCAAGAAGCCCGUCGACCACGUCGCGCUCGGUCUGACGGACUACCCCAAGGUCGUCAAGAAGCCCAUGGACCUGGGCACCGUGAGCGACCUCGUGCUCCAGGGCGCCUACGACAACGACGGCUGCGGCGGCGACCGGUCCUUCGACGACGACCUGCGGCUGCCGUUCUCCAACGCGAUCCUCUACAACGAGGCCGACAGCGACGUCGCGGUCUGCGCGGCGGCGCUGCUCAAGGUCUUGGACGGGGACGCGUCGAGCGACGACGUCGCCGACGAACCGAAGAAGGCCGAGCCCGCGCGGGCGUCGUCGCGGCUCGCGGCGCUCCAGGACGGCGGCGGCGGCGACGACGCGGCGCCGGCCGCCGAGGACCGCAAGGACCUCAAGGUCGAGGUCGUGCUGCGCCUCGUGCCGCUCUACAUGGCGGCGGACGCGCGCGCGGCGGGGCCCGACUUCGCCGGCGGCGGCGAGGCCUGCCGCGCGGCGCUCGGCGCGAUCGACUGGCACGUUUGGCACUCGGGCUUCGUCGUCGACCCCUUCAACGUGAGCCUGUCGGGCCACGAGGACGAGGACGCCUUCGUCAUGCCCCGGGACGUCGUCUUCCGCAGCCUGCUGGACUUCCAGGCCUGCCCGCUCGGGGAGACGGUCGUCGAGGUGUUGGACGACGACGGCGACGGGCGGAAGAUGGUGCUGCGCGACGUCCGCCGCGCGGACGCGCACUCCAAGCCCUACCUGCCGGAGUGGAAGGCCGCGCGCCUCCUGCCCCUGGGCGCGCCGGACGCGGCGCCGGACGCGGCGCCGGACGCGGCGCCGAAGAAGAAGAAGCGCAAGCGCCUGCUCGGGCGGCCGCGGCCGCGGCCGACGACGACGGCGGGCCGCGCGGCCGUCCGGGAGGACCCGCGCCUCGAGCGCCGCAACCUCUGGGACCUCGUCGUUUUGGACGAGGCCGUCGAGGCCGAGGCCGAGGCGCCGCCGCCGCCGCCGCCGCCGCCGCGCCGCGCGUCGCGCCGCGGCAAGAAGCAGGACGAGGAGGCGCCGCCCGCGCCGCCGCCCGCGGCCGCGGGCCCCGCGCGGCCCGCGCCGCUGCCGCUGCUCAUCCUCGGCGCCGACGCCGCCGAGCCCGACGCCCUCGGCGAGGACGAGGCCGACGCCAUGGCCGAGGCGCUGUCGGCCAUCAAGACCACGGAGAGCGGCGCGAUGUUCUGGCUGCCGCACGGCGUCGACGCGGACGACGACAGCAGCGACGACGACGACGGGCCCCGGCGCGGCAAGCGGCGCCGGCCCGGCGACGAGCCGCCGCCGGCGGGCGACGCGGCCUACUUCGGCAAGGUCGCGUCGCGCGCGUGCCUCCGCGACGUCCGCCGGUGCCUCGAGCGGGGCCUCUACCGGCGCCGCGACGCGGCCUUCGACGACGUCGUCCGCGUCUACGUCGAGGCGGCCAUGGCGUCCAAGUCCGGCGCCUGCCCCCGCGCGUCCGCGGCCAAGCUCUGCGUGCAGCUGUCGCUCGAGAUCAUGUCGGACGCGGGCGACGCGGCCGCGCGGACCGCGACGUGGGCGCCCAAGACCGCCGAGGUCGCGCGGCGCCAGGCCGCGGCGAAGCACUCGCCCUGGCAGUCCUUCGUGCGCGCGACGGCCCACGUGAAGACGAACACGGGCGUGCCCAUCCGCGAGAACGUCAAGCUCGCCAUCGGCGCGGCGCUGACCCACGCCAAGUCGCCGGCGCUCGGCGCGUGCGUCGCCGCGGAGCUCCACCUGGCCCUCGCGCUCUACGUCGGCAACGCCGCGGGGCCCUGCAAGGAGACGGCCGCGCGCGUGCUCGACGUCCACGGCACGUGGCACCUCGGCGCGGACGUCGCGCACAAGUCCGACGCCGUCAAGUUCACGACCGUGGGCGGCCGCAUCGAGGCCGUCGUCGAGGACACGUCCGACGACGCCGCGCGCCGGGCCAGCGUCGGCAAGCGCUUCAAGCGCUUCCUCGGCGACGGCUUCGCCAUCGGCACGGUGCUCGCCUACGACCCGAACACGAAGAAGUUCGCCGCGUCCUACGGCGACGGCCGCGCGGACGAGCAGCUCAGCGUCGCCGACGUCCACGGCGGCCUCAUCGCCCAGCUCCCGCCGCUGCCCCCCAAGAAGGGCAAGCCGCCGACCCAGCCCAUCGCAGUCACGCUCAAGGUCGCGGGCACGAAGCUCUGGUGCCUCAAGGACGCCAAGGACCUCGCCAAGGUCCUCAGCGCGUUCAACGGGCAGGGCGCCGAGAUCGACGCGCUCGCGCGGCGCCUGCACGCCGUCGAGACGCAGCUGGAAAAACAGACGGCCCCGCUGCCGCCGUCGCCGGGCCCCGCGACGCCGCGGGUCCUCGAGGCGGUGCCCGUGCCCCCCUCCGAGGCCGCCUCGGAGCCGGGGUCGCUCGAGGCGCCGAGCGAGCACCUCUACAUGGACCCGUCGCUCCUGCGGCCGCGGCGGAGCCGCGCCGGUAGCGAGGCGAGCUCGCAGGCGGGGGGCUUUGCGACGGACGCCGAGGGCGACGUCGGCGUCGUCGUCCCCGGGACGCCCGCGCCCUCGGACCGCUGGGCGAUGAUCUCGCGGCGGCUCGAGAUGGUCGAGCGGUCCGUCAUGCAGGCCCGCGUCUCCGACUCCGGCGGCAACAAGAGGUGGAAGGCGGACAAGAAGGCGCACGCGCGGAGAAAGGGCCGGGGCAAUGCCGAGGAGUCCCUCGAGCCGACGCACGCCGCGGGCGUCGUCGCCGAGCGCAUGGACGGCGCGCUGCCCCGCAUCGACGAGGGCGACGUCCACGAGAUGCAGAAGGAGAUCUCCAAGCGCUGGCAAUCGCCCCCGCGUCCGCGCGGCGGCGGCGCGCCGCGACCCGCGAACCGCAGGCGCGGCGUCGUCGCGCGGCGGAAGAAGGGCGGCCGGCGGAAGAAGGAGUUCCGGCCCGGCGCGGUCGCCCCCGACGCGUCGGAGCGCUAG